CUUCUGAUCUCUGGAUUUAUGACGGAGGCCGUGUCGGUUGUCAAAGAUGCAAGGAAUCUAAGAUCCUGGGAGUAUACAUUAAUAGCGGUAUCGCUAACGACAAGUAAUCCCGAUUUGGGCGGAGGAGAAUGUAAUAUCGUUCGCAUUGCUCGGGGAGAAUAUGGACUGAGUGGUAGCCUUUAUACUAAUGUAGAUGUUCCCGAUGAUAUGGAAAUGGAUACAAAAAUCUAUCGCAGCACCGAUGGCGGUGAGACCUUCCAGAUCCAGCCGUAUUCCAUACCCCGACAAACUGUUUAUCAGGCCAUGAAUAAUUUCUACAAGAAAAUCAUCAUGCCAAGUGCCGCCGACUGCUCGAAUUUUCCUCAGUUCAAUGACACUUUGGUUUUGAUUUCGGCCCAGAAGUUCACAUUCGAAAGGUGCCAGGUAAGAACAGAUGAAUUUCCGCAAUAUGUUCCGAACGGCCUGUACAAAGGCGUUAUUCGCACAUAUGGAAUAUUUGAGAUCACCUGGGAGGGACUCUUCGAUAUCACGCAGAAGGUCUUUUAGAAAAGGAAACAGGAACUUGCCUUAAUGGGUCAAUCUCAACUAUUAUUUUAUUCAAUUAGAAAAUAGUUAAAAGCGAAAUGGUAAACAAUUGUUAAAAAUGGAGCUUAAAAAUUAUGCAUACCUGUGAAAAAAUUAUAUUAGCAAUCGUUAAGAAUCAAUAAUUACGAAUCAAUUAUAUACUAAAAUAUAUGUUAUUAAAUACUUGUU